AUGAAACCAUCAUUACAAUCGAGUAAUAAUCAACAGCAACAACAACAACAACAACAACAAAAUUCAUCUUCAAUUGGUAUAUUAAAAACUAUAACUACAACUACAACAACAACCACAACAAUAAGCAGCAGCAACAACCAUAAUAACAAUUCAAAAAAUAUGAUGGGACGACCACAUAAACCGGCGACACUUCCAUCGUCUUCGUCGACACCUCCGACGACCUCUGUGAGAGGAGCACCAAAGUUUCAGCCUAUUAAUUUGCCAAGUGAGCGCAGUGAAAGUGGGCACGAUGAACGUCAGGCACCUUCUGUUAUGUCGGUAUGGGGAGGUGCAAUCGUCAAGACACCGACACCUUUAUCGUCAACAACAAUGGGUACUACAGCAGCUUCUGGUUCACCACCACCACCAUUACCAACUACUACUACCAGUACAACCAUAUCAUCGGCCUCAUCAACCAUGAGUGGAGCAGUAAAUCCUCUUUCAUUGUCCUCGAAUAGUAAUUUUAGCAACAACAACAAUACAACAACACCAACUACCUCUGUGAAUAGUAAUCCUUUAAAUUUUUCAUCAUCUUUAUCAACAACAUCGGCAAUAACCACGACGGCUUCUACCAAUAGUAGCCAGCAACAGCAAAUAUCACCAACCACUUCAAUCCCCACAGUGGCAUCAAUCAUUGCCCAAUCCAUCAGUGGAUCUACAAGCCCGAAUCUUUCAACAUCAUCAUCCCUUUUACCAGCACCUUCUCAUGAAGAUACUCAACCUCCAUCAACAACAACAACAACAACAUCACAACCACCAUCAACUCCUCCAUCACCAUCAUCAUCAUCAUCUACAACAACUACAACAUAUGAUUCAGAUAGUCCUUUUAUGUAUAUGAAAAAAGAAAGUAGUACAACCAGAAGCACAACCUUAUUGCACACUACCAACAAAAAUGAAGAAACGACAUUAAAAUCUCAAAGUGGUAAAAUAUAUUCUUCACCUUUGGGAAACAAAUCCAAUUUGGCGGCAAAUGUGAUGACAUCACCAUCAUCAUCAUCAAAUACACCAACUUCUUCCUCUUCCUCUUCUGCCAACCCAACAUCUGUAUCAAAUAGUGCCACUCUUACAACCACCACAACCACCACAACCACAACUACUACCACAACAACCAGUAGCUCUUCUCCUCUUAACCUUAAAAAAGAUAUGUUUUCUCUUGCCAAUUCCGACUGGGCCAACGAUGAAGAUCCAAUGGAUUACUCCAAACCAUUGGUUUUUAUCGAUGAAAAUAUAGCACAGGCAAAGGAACGUGAAAAGGAAUUAAAGAGAUUAGAAGAGGAGCGAGAGAGACAGAGAAUUGAAGACGAGGAGAGAGAAAUUCAAGAAAGAGAGCUUCGCGAGGAACAAGAAAGACAACGUAUUGUUCAGGAAGAGGAAGACAGAGAAAAGCGUCGACAAGAGGAAUUGCAAAGAGCCGAAGACGAUCGCAAACGAUCCGAGGAAGAUAAAAAGAAACGUGAAGAUGAACGAAAAAGAUUAAAGGACGAAUGGGAUCUCAAAGAGAACGAAAGAAAACAUGCCGAAGUAGAAAGACUUCGUCUCAAAAUGGAUCAAAAAGCAGAGGAAGAUCGAUUGGCAAAGGAGCGUGCUUUGAACAAAUUAAAGCAACUCGAACAAAAGGAAAAUGAAGAAAAGGAGAGAGUACGUUUGGAACAAGAACGAGAACGCGAGCUUGAACGUGAAAGAUUGGAGCGUGAAGAAAAAGAACAACGUGAACGUGAGCGUGAACGUGAAAGAUUGGAGCGCGAGCGAGAAUCAAGAGAAAGAAGAGAUAGUUAUAAUCGAGAUAAUAGAAGAGGUGGAGCACAACAACAACAACCACCACCAUCAAUACAAAGAAUGGACUCUAGAGGUGGGGGUGGCCGAGGUGGCUAUCCUUAUCAAUAUAAUAACAGAAGAGAUGGAUAUGAACACGAUCGUUACCACUAUGAAGAUCGUCACUAUGAAGACGGUCGUCGUCAUAGUCAUGAAAGAGGAGAGCGUCAUGAUGAGAACAGAUUUUCAAGAGAUAGAAACGACUCUAGAGACUUUAGAGGCGAACACAGAGAUGGUAGAGAAUUGAGAGGAGAUCAAUUACAUUCAAAUAACCACAUCAUGACUUCUCCUACAUCUAUUGGAGUAGAAAAGGACAAAAAUCGUGAUUCAAAGGAAAGAGUUGACAUUAAUAAUAAUAAUAAUAAUAAUAAUAAUAAUAGAUCAUCAUUUGAAAGACCUAUUGGAAAUGCAUCUGCCCCUCCUCUUCCAUUGCCACUACCAAAAGAUCAUGAGUAUCAUCCAAGAGGAGAUCGUAGCCCAAGAGAUCACCAUCAUCAACAACAACAACAUGAUAAUAGAGGCAUCCAAUAUAAUCAACAACAUCAAAGAAAUUCGUAUCCCGAUAAUAGAAACGCUCCCCAACCAUAUCAUCGUUCUUCUCACCGAGAUCAAGAGUACUAUCCACAACCUUUGGCACCAAUUCAUGGAGGACAUAGAGAUCAGCACCAUGCUCCUCAACCCGAUUCGCACAGACAUCCCCAAGGAGUUCAUGAUAGAGGAAAUGAUUUCCACCAACAGCAACAGCAACAUCACCACCAACAACAACAUCAUCAACGUAAUGUAAAUAGUAACAGAUAUGAAAGAAGUGGUGAUAACUUUGAUCACAAAGAUGGAGACCGAGAAAAUGUACAAUACCCAGCUCCACUCGAUUCUGAUCGAAAUAAGCAAAGAGGAACAGGUCCUGCUCCAUACGCUCCACGUGGCCCAUCUCCCGGAUAUCAGUUGCACCCACCAAACUAUCACGAUAGACAUGCUCACCAACAGCAAUCGGCCGCUCCACAACAAAGAGACCAAAAUUAUCCAAAGGCCAUUCUAACCAAAGAAAAAUCUUUAAAAAAUAUCGAGCUGCCCACCACAUCAGAGGACGAUCAAUGUAAAAAGACACAAGAUAAAACAAAUGUAGAGACACUAGUACCGCCACCACAAUCUGUAGUAUUACCAACACCUUUGCCAUCACCUUCUCAAUCAUCAACUGUCGCCACCACCUCCACCUCCAACACUUCCACUACAACUCCUUUAGCAAAGAAUGAAUUAUCAUCUUCAACAUCGUCACUAUCAUCGAACGAGACACCAACAACUCCUUUGGAAGGAAGUGUUGAAAAGUCAACUGUAGAUAAAUCAAAGAAAUCGAGAAAUGAUAGAUACAAUAAUAAUAAUAAUAAUAAUAAUAUUAAUAAUAAUAAUAACCAGCAGCAACAACAACAACAACAAGGUGGUAAUAGUAUUAAAAGAAGUGAUUCUUUCCAAAAAGAAAAAAGAGAUAGAACUAUGGGAUCGUCUGACAAGAAGUACAAUAAUAACACUAACCAACGUGGUCCACUCAAUGAAAGUGGAGGUAAAUUUAGAAGAGAAAGGGAAAAAAGCAAAGAGGAAUUUGUCAGAAAAGAUCCAAUUCCAUUGGAACAAGAAUCUAACCAUGAUCAAACACCACAAGCCCCUAAUCCUUUGCCAUUGCCGUUAAACACUGCUGGAAAUAUCCCAUCUCCUGUCGGUAUUUCCCAACCAUCUCCACAACACAGAGAUCAAAUCCCUAGAAGUAGAUCAAGAGAGUGGAAAAAGGAUUCCUCAUCCUCUUUAAACAAGUCCCAAGAUGAUCAAUCAUAUAAAAAGGAAAAACGAGGUGGUAGUGAAAAGAAAUACGUCCCUAGAGAAUCUCCUUCAUCUACCCCAAUCCCAUCGUCAACAUCUUUACCCUCUACCCCAUUUGUCCCCACCCCACUUCCAUUGCCUCUGCCAAUUGAUCAACCCAAUCAACAGACUAGAGGUCAAAAGUCUCAACAACAACAACAACUACAACAACCACAACAACAACAAUAUCAGCCAAGACCACAACAACAACAAUACCAACCAAAACAACAACAACAACAAAGCAAAGCUGAUAGCGAGAAACACUGGAAAUCGAAUAAUAGCGGAAAUGUAAAACAAAAUGAUCAAAUUUCACAACAACAACAACCACAACAACCAAUCAAUGCAGCUCCAACAACCCAACCAGCAACCGUUGAUCCACCAACAAAGCAACCAACCAAUGCAUGGGGAGAAAAAAAUGCAUUGUGGAAUCGAGUGACUUCUGCCCAAACCCCUCCAUUGCCUGUUGCCGCCCCUAACCCAUUGGCCACAGCUGUGUCUCCCCAAUCAGUACCAGCAGUGCCCACCACUCCUCCAUCUUUAUCUGUUUCUCCAAAAGAAGGAAAAGAUAAAUCUCCUCCACAACAACAACAAAAAAAUCAAAAAUUUAACAAAGAUAAUAGGGAUAAAUCAUCUGAAAAAAAUAAUGAAAAGAAAUACAACAGAGACCAAAAGAAAGAUGGAGCUCCAAGGGGAGGAGACAACACAAAAAAGGGUAAAUACCAACAAACACAACCACAACAAUCAACAUAUGUUGUAAAAGCUCCCACAACAACAACAACUACUACUACCAACACUGCUACUACCAGUCCAAAACCAACUGAUGUCAAACCAUAA